UGCAUCUAGUUAAUCGUCUAAAUAUGUUUCGCUUCGUGGUGCUGGUUGUGGUACUUCAAAGCUCGCUACCAUAUUAUCGCCAACAUGCAGUUGGUGUAAAAUUGUCUAUUGAUAGUUUUGAGCAAACGCUCGGACAAGAUAUCCUGUGGAUGGACCUGCGGGUGAGAAAGUACAACCGUACGUCAACUGUCAUCAAUGGUACCAUUCAUAUAUACCAGGAAGGCAUCAAUGACUAUAAGUUUCGACUGGACAUUUUCUACAGCCGGCUUGGUAAUCAGCAGUUCAACCAUAUGCCAAUUAAACUUCCCACCGCGGGAAUAUGCGAUUUUAUAACCAAUCUCCACAACAAUUACGCUGAAAUUGCUAAGUUUGUGGUGAACUUCCCGAAAAGAGGGGAAUGUCCAAUCAAAAUACGCGAAAUGUACAUCUUUGAUACCGAAACUCCUAACGAAUUGGUACCGCAAGGAGUAAUCAAGAUUGGUUUGUGGAAAGGAUUGGUUCGAUGUUACCUUCAUGCCAAAGAGGUUAUUAACUAUUCUUUUGUUCUUAAAGCUAUCGAAGACUAACAAAAGAACAUGAUCAAGAAAAUAAAGCAGUUUAA